GGAUAGCACUUACCACAGCCUUUGAUAUACCAGUGUUUAUUUAAAAGUUUAGGUUUUUUUUAUCAGUUUCAUUUGUUUUAUUUACAAAUAAUAAACAGCUGAAUUUGUCAGUCAUAUCCAUUGCUGUUAAUUUUACUGGAUCUCGGACUAGAACUCUCUUCUUUAUAAGCUAAUAGGUAUAAAUUACAGGUACAAGCUCACAACUAAAAAGUACCAGUGUCCAUGCACACUCCAAGACAUUAUCCAUGAAGCUAAAAAAACAGAAAAAAAAAAAAAAAAAAAAAAAAAAAAAAAAAAAAAAAAAAAAAAAAAAAAAAUACGCCAACAAAAAACACCAGCUUGAUUUGUGCAACUGGGCCUAGCUACAGCCUGUAUAGUAACUGGGUGAGUCUAAUAAUUGUGCAGGGGAGACCAGCUUUAUGAUGUAACUGGCUUGAAAAAAAAUGUUUGGUGGCACAGACGUGUGUAUUCGGUUGGCAACAUUACGUAUGUAGAGAAUAUUGUUUUUAUGCACCGCCAGGCCACUAAUGAUAUUAUCAGGUAUGUAAUUGGAGCAUAUUUUGUGAGAAUGAUUUUGAUUUUUUUUUUUUAUUAAUUAAAAUAUAUCUUUAAAACUGUCUUGAGCUGUGCUGUGCUGUGUUAGAGAGAAGUGGACUGUUGCACUGGUGCUGGAAUGUUGUUGCAUAUGACUCAUUUUUUUACUGCACUGCACCACUGUCGGGAUAUUCUUGCAACUCCGUGAAUAUGUGCAGUGUAUGCACACAGGUCAUUCUCCGGUAACUGGGAAAUGUCCUGCGGUAUGACAUAACUCGUGUGGGUCGGUAGCGGCACCGUUUUAACAGGCUCCGCCACAUGAGAUGAAUAGUCCAGGGCCCAAUGCCACUCCAGGUGCGAUGUGGGAUACAGGCUAUUUUGACUAUUACAAAUGGAAGACCAGCAACCACAGCUCGGCAGACCACAGUGAGUUGGACAAAUGUGAAUAUUUGAGUGGGCUGCCAUGGCCAAGGAAAGAUUUCAUUCGAGAUGGACGUCCCCUGCUCAACAGCCAUAGCCAUAACCACAACCAUAACCACAACCACAACCAUAACCAUAACCAAGGCGGGCUGAACAACCAGGAGAACAUCAACCAUGGCCAGGACAUGCACCGCGCCAGCACCAACAGCACAGGCAGCUACGGCAAGGGCAGCAGCUCUGGCAGUCUCAGCAACACAUCAACCCCAACACACACCCCCAACACACCCCUGGUUGUCCCCCAGCCCGUCAAACCGAACCGGGCUAACAAGACGUACCAGUGUAAGAUGUGUGACCAGAUCUUCACGACCAAGUCGGACAUGCUCAUACACUGCCAACAGAUCCACAAACAGGACCCGAAGCCUUACAAGUGUCCAACCUGCUCAAAGUGUUUCGCCAACUCGUCGUACCUGUCCCAGCAUGCGCGCAUCCAUUCGGGCAUCAAGCCGUACAAGUGCGAAAUCUGCGAGCGCAAGUUCACGCAGCUGUCGCACCUCCAGCAGCACAUCCGCACGCACACGGGUGAGAAGCCAUACAAGUGCAUGCACCCGGGGUGCGGGAAGGCCUUCUCGCAGCUCUCCAACCUGCAGUCACACUCCCGCAGCCACAUGACGGACAAGCCGUUCCGCUGCAACUCGUGCUACAAGUGCUACGCGGACGAGAACAGCCUGCGUGAGCACAUCCCGAAACACUCGGACACAAAGCACCUGAAGACCCACAUCUGCCACAUCUGCGGCAAGUCGUACACCCAGGAGACGUACCUGACGCGGCACAUGGUCAAGCACCAGACUGACGGCAAGAAGGUGGCCGCCCGGCCCAUCAAGACGGAGCCCAUGGAUCCGGGGGAGCGCGACUACGGUCGGUUGGCCGAUAAACCGCAGGAUGUGCCCCCGCUCGGCCCACAGUGUAAUAAGAGCGUUUCAUCGGCGUUCAUGCCGCUGACGCAGUUCGCCCCCAACGUCAGCAGCAGCAGCAGCAACGGCAGCCCCAGCUACCCAUACGGGCCAAGUCUGGGCGCCAACAGCCUGAGCUCCCCGCUCCCCCACAUCUCCUCCAUGGCGUCGCCGCGCUACUUCCCUUACGACCCCAUCGGGUUCCGGAAGACGGAUGCCCAAGAGCGCAACCUGAAUGUUCCGAUGACGAGUCGGGACAGCAUGAUCGCCAACAGCCUGUUGAGUCUGCAGCACAUCAAGAACUACGCCUCGCAGCAGAUGCCGAGCUUCACGCCGACCUGCACCACGGGAUCGCGGCUCACGUGAUUCCGUCGUCGCCCCCAGUUACACACUGCUACGCCGUAGCAACAGGGUAAGGUUGAUCGUCGUAACGUGACCUCCUUGGUUUAAUUAAGGAAGCAUGGUGACGUCAGUGGAGUUCAAGUGGUGUGACAUUUGGUGCAGAUUUUUUAAUGCCUGAUCUUCAGUCUUCAAACGUGGUCUGUGGUCACGUGGUCUAUAUGGUCACGUGGUCUAUGCAGUCACAUGGUCUAUACGGUCACGUGGUCUAUACGGUCACGUGGUCUAUAUGGUCUUGUGGUCUAUAUGGUCACGUGGUCUAUAUGGUCAUGUGAAGAUUCGUAGAUUUGGGUUCAUUGUGUUCUUGAAGGUAACCAGCAUUGUGCUUCUGAAGACAAACUUCGUUGUGUCACAUUUUAUGUGAAAUAAAGUUCAUUGUUUAGCAUUGUGCAUCAUGGAGACAAUUAUUGUUGUUUAAAACUUUGUGUGAAAUACAUUUUAUCAUGUAAUGACAAGAUAAAUUCAUCUGUGACAUUUUGUGUGAAAUAUGAUUUAUCAUGUAAUGACAAGAAAACUUCAUCUGUGACAUUUUGUGUGAAAUACAUUUUAUCAUGUAAUGACAAGACAAAUUCAUCUGUGACAUUUUGUGUGAAAUACUUUGUUAUCAUUCAUCUGUGACAUUUUGUGUGAAAUACAUUUUAUCAUGUAGGAAGUACAUGUAAUGGUAAGAAAUUUCUUGUGACAUUUUAUGUUUUAGUACAUUUUAUCAUGUAGGAACAUAUGACAAAAAAAUCAUCUGUGACAUUUUGUGUGAAAUACAUUUUAUCAUGUAGGAAGUAAAGUAAAAAAAUUCAUCUGUGACAUUUUGUGUGAAAUAAAUGUUAUCAUCUAGCACUUAAAACAAGAAAAAUUCAUCCGUGACAUUUUGUGUGAAAUACACUUUAUCGUUUAGCAACUUGUGAAAAGAUAAAAAAAUCAUUUAUGACUUUUUGUGUGAACUUCAUUGUGUGUCAAUCAUCUAUUUUGUUUUACUUUGUAGAAACUUGUGUAUAAAUUAAGUAUAACAUUGUUCGGAGCUCAUAUUCGAUAUGAACGAACCUGUGGUUGUAUUAAUGAUAUUGUAUUUACAUAUAAUGUAUGUAAAUGUGUUGAACAGUUCCUGAGAGUUAUUUCAGAUUUGUGUGACAAUAGCUCAUGAUAUUAAUCAUGCAUGUGACUAUAAAUAAGUUUAUGUUGUAUGUACGUAUGUACGUAUGUCACUACACGUAGGUAGUCUUGGUAGCGAUGGUGAAAUAACCAUCACUGCAAUUUUUGAUAACAUCAAAAGAGAUUUGUUUUUAUUUCCGGUUUUGGGGUUAGCAUAUCGAGGAAAAUGUGACAUUGAUCAUUUGUGAAUAGAAUUCUUGACUGACAUACCGUAAAUCCUUGAAUAUAGACUGGGUCUUAACUGAAAGUCUUGGUUUAAAACAAAUCAUGUGACUGAAGUAAUCCAGGCUAAGUUUUGAUGCUAAUUAAUCUUGGAUACUUUAGUUAUCAAACUGACAAUCCUAAUAACAGAUAGUGAGAAAGGAAAUGAACACAUGCUGGUUUCAGGGGUCAUAACCACCUCCUGCUCAAAGUGAAAAUUCUUUUUAUAGAUAUAUUAUCCAGGGAGCAUGACUCGAACCACCUUCCCACAUUCUUUACUGCACUUGUAGUUGUGCUUAUACCGAACAGCAGCAAGGGAUUUAUUAUAAGUACCUUCCCAGAGACAGGAUAUCACAUACCACAGCCUUAGAUAUACCAGUAACCAUUAAUGGUUAAAAACAAACAAAACCCAAUAGGUCUUUAGAGGAUUGCUGCAUGUACUACUAAUCUAUAUGUACCCUAUACCAGCAAUAUCAACUGAUAACUUUAUGGGAGUUCUCCUUUGUGAAAGUCGUCAGUGAAUAGAGACUGUAUAGGUGGUGUAGAAUGCAUGUCUGAGGUGUAGUGGGUGGCAGGAUCAAUUGCUGUCAGUGGCCUUUGGCUAUUACCCAUCUCAUCCAGUUUCCCACAACUGGUACAUAUAAAUCCAAGGUAUGUGCUGUGCCGUCUAUGGGAAAGUGACUGUAAAACAUCCACGAUUGCUUUAUAAGUAAGAGUACCCAAUGUGGUGGUUUCCUAGUUAUUUCACUGUCUUGACCAAAAGCCAAAUUACCAUACUUUUGACAGUUUAAAACGUGCAGAUGAGUUGUUAAACAAUUCAUUUCAGUAGGAGUAUGUAGCCCAUGUGGGCAUUUUCUAUCUCACUCUCUCAAUCAAAAUUGAAAAUUACCAUAUGUUAGACACCAAACAGCCAGAAUUUAAAAUGUGCUGAGGUGUCAUUAAACAAAUAUUCCUUUUCUUUUAUUUAUCUUCCGAGUUAUAGACUUGUGGCUUCUGUGCAAGGAUUUACGGUAAAUAUAAUGUCACCUGGAAUUAAGUGUAGAUACUGUAUUAUUAUUGUUAAUAUAUCUGUGCACAUUAACAUGACAUUAGAGUUUGACCGGUGAUCACUUGAUGUUAGGAUCCUCAUCUUUAUAUCUUCUCACACACAUCAUCAUCAUCCACUGCCCAUACUAAUCACAAGCUUUGUAAAUAUGGGUCAAAUGUAGCACAAACAUCAAAGUAGGCUAAUUAACGAGUAAUGCAUGUUUCAGUAGUUUUUCAACACUCUUUUAUUUAAGGAGUCAUUUAUUUGAUUUUACUUUCAUCCUGGACUGUCAAAAGUUGCUCCUGGGAUGGAUGUGCCUGAAAAUUAAUUUGAUACAAACACAUUAAUACAUAUGACUAUGAUUUUUAUUUUCAUGAAGAUAUACAUAUGGGAGGAUCAUUAGCAAUGAAUGAGAUGAAAAAUAAAAUGAUGGGAAUAGAUGGUAAUGAAUAAACAUAAUGUUUUUCUUUUUUUUACUUAAAAAAAUAUGAUACAGUGAACAUGAUAAAAAGGGGACAUAAUUUUCUUUUCUUUUUUAUGGAAAAGCUUAAAGGUUCUUUUAAGUACAACCACAUGUAAAUGGAAAAUUAAGGGUAAGGACAUAACAAAAUAAAUGAUAGAUUGUCAUUAAACAAAAUUUAAUUGGGGGUGAGGGCUAAAUUUGAUUUAAGAUUUUCAGAAUAUUGAAAAUGCUGCACAUUGAGCAAAAAAAAAGUAAAAUGUUUACAAACUUAGUUCUUUCACAACAAGCUUGAGGUUUUAAAAAACAAUUUUUAAUAUCUGAAAUAUGUAAUUAUACCACUUUCGAUAUAUUUACCAUCAAAGUAAAUGUAAUCGUUAAAAUUGGUAAACUUUCAGAUUUAGAAUUUGCAUAAAUCUUGUUGCAAAUUAUUUCAUAACAUAAUGGACUAACCACAAAGAAAGAUACAGAGAAGGCAAACAAAUGUUUUCUAUGUUUGAGUUGUGUAAUAUUUAUUAAUGGCAAAGAGGUCUCAGUUAAGUGACCCUUCCUUACUGAAAGUCUUUUACUCCAGAAGCCAACAGUUUACUGGAGAUGCCAAUUGUCUGUGGACAUUCAGUGUUCAAGAUAAUCAUAAACACAGCAUUUUUAAGAAUAAAAUUAUAUUUUGUAAGAAGGGAAAACAAAAUUAUACAGUUACGGUCAUGAUUCAUUAAGUUCUUCAUAUAUUUCUUUUAUGAAAAUAGACUGGUUUUUAGUACUAGUUUCCACACAUUACCAUUCAUCAUCUUAAAAAAAUUAAUUCUACAUUGGUUCUGUUACCAGUCUAUGAUUCAUCAUCUUUUAAAAUUAAUUCUACAUUGGUUCUGUAACGUUACCAGUCUACUAUAGUGUCAUUGGUUAUUGUUUUAUUGCUUCCACUGACUCACAGUCCUGUGAUUAUAUUACAUAGUUGUCGUUAUCCGUAUGUUGUUUGUUUUGACUUGUUUUUGUUUGUCAUUGAUAUUAAAAAAGACUUGAAUGUGCUGUGGUCAUGGCAGUUCACCAUUUUAAAGAAAUGUUAUUUGGAUUUAUGUGAAAUUGCAUGUACAAAAAACUUUAUGACAAAUGGCACCUGUUUGCUCAAGUUGGUAUACAUUUGAUAUGGAACAUUGCAGAUUUUCAUAAUGGUUUGUACGCAGUGCAUUGUUUUUGUUGAAGGUUUUAAAGUUUAAAGGCUCUUGGACCUCUUACAAUUCAUUAUAAAAUAUUUCUUACUAAAACUUAGCUUUUCUGCUGGAAAUAUACUGAAUUUCUUCAUAUCGAGUCAUGUGAAUUGUUUUUGCUAUAAAUUUGUUUGGCAGUUUCCAACCCAUACUGUUGAAAUUUUAUUUAAAAAUGAGUAAUUACUUACAUAAACUUUUAUGUUAAUGUUCAGCUAAAACAUUUUUAAUGAUGUGACAUCCAGACUGUUGAAUAGAAUGUAGUUUUAAUAAGUAGUCACAAACUGUCCUCAAUGUUAUUCAAAUUUUGGGGCACACUAAAUGGUCACCAAUAUUACCAAAAUUAUAAUUAAACCUAAAUGGUCAACUAAUAUUACCCAAAUUGUUCUGCACUAAAUGGUCACCAAUAUUGCCCAUAUUUUGUUGCAAACUAAAUUGUCACAAGUAUUACCCUAAUUUUGUUGCACACUAAAUGAUCACCUAUAUAACAAACAUUUUAAAGCAUACUAAAUGGUCAACAAUAUUACCACAAUUUUGUUGCGCACUAAAUGGUCACUAAUAUAACAAACAUUUUAAAGCAUACUAAAUGGUCAACAAUAUUACCCAAAUUUUGAGGCAUACUAAAUAGUCACCAAUAUUACCCAAAUUGUGAAGCCAUGCACUAAAUGGUCAUUAAUUAUCACCCACAUUUUUGAAGCAUACUAAAUGGUCCCCAAUAUUACCCAAAUUUUGAUGCACUCUAAAUGGUCACAUGUAAACAGACCUGAGAUUGACUAAACUUUAAGAUGAACAGAAAUGCAUUAUAUUCUAAACAAGACACUGAAAGCUUUAAUGAGAGAUAUCUUAUACAUUUGUAAGAGGAACAUGAACCUUUAAGAUUAGGGCUUUUUUAAUGCUUUAUUUUCAGAUAUAAAAUGGACACACAGUCAAAACGGUCAGUGAAAACUACCUAUUCAGACUUAGCCACAACGAGCUGGUAUCUUUCACAGUCAAGUAACAUUAUCCAGUGACUUUAUCUAUCUGAAGUACAUUUAAAGGCAGGUGGUUGUUAUAGAAGGUAUGCCAUCUAGCCAGGUUUAACUGUAUAUGAAAUAUUCGUAAUAUACCAGUUACCAUUAGUUACAGAGUCUGGGAUUGAAUAAUCAUGAAUGUUGUACAAACAGUUAAAAUGUAUUUAAUGGUGUAUUAACAAUAACAACUGAUAGAUGUUAUUUUUUUUUUUUUUAGAAUAUGAAUGCAGUACUUGCAUUACAAACAAUACUAAGUAUUCCAUGGUACAUUGAGUAAAAUUUGCAUUGUAUAUUUAUUGACUUUGACAUUAGAUAUGUAUACAAAUAUUCACAUAUCAGCUGCAUUAAUUGUUUAAAUUAAUAUCAGAUUUCGAGUUAAAAACUCUCUUCAGUUUUCAUCCACAUUUCAAUGGAUAGUAGCAUAAAUGCAAAGUUUUUCUUUAGAUCGGGGGCCUACUUCACUAAACUCUCACAGCUUUGCAAUAUCGUACCGGCCUCGGUGGCGUCGUGGCAGGCCAUCGGUCUACAGGCUGGUAGGUACUGGGUUCGGAUCCCAGUCAAGGCAUGGGAUUUUUA